UUUGAAAUUACACAACAACUUACUCAUAUAUACAUUAGACGAGUAAUAGCGUAGAUGCAUAUUGUUAAAGAAUGGAGAACACGCAGAAAAGUAACCCAUUCGAUUCAGCUGGUGUUUUUUCUCAUUUGUUUUUCUGUUGGAUUUUUCCGAUAAUAAUCAAAGGAUCAAAGCGAUUGUUAAAAGAAGAAGAUCUAUAUGAGACUUCAAAAUAUCACACUUCAGAGUAUCUAGGGGAUUUACUUCAGAAAGAAUGGAAUAAAGAACUGAAGCAAAAAAAUCCAAGCAUACUGAAAGCUUUGUUACGCUUUGUUGGAUGGAAAUACCUAAUAAUACUUUUACUUGCAAUUAUCAAGCAUACAGCAGUAAUUGGAUUCCAAACAUAUUUAUUAAGAUUCACAAUACAUUAUUUUGAGAACAGACUGGAAUGGAACCAAUAUAAUUUUUAUCUAAUAGUUGCAGGAUUUUUUGGCUUAAGUCUCAUGUAUUUGUUUAUAUUUAAUACUUGUAUGUUUAUUUCACAAUUAUAUGGAAUGAAAUUAAAAAUAGCUUUUUGCACUGUGGUCUAUAGAAAGGCAAUUAGACUGAAUCCUUUCUGCCUAGAGAAGUCAAAUGUCGGACAAAUGGUAAAUCUUCUAGCAAAUGAUGUUAGCAAAUUUCAUAAUGAUUUCCUUCUUCUUGAAGAGAAAGACAACAAUGCAUUCGAAAUGAUAGAACAAAAGGCAAAUUUAACGAAAUGUGGGAUAUGGAUGGAUAAUGUCACAGCUGCAUGGAAAAAGGGAACUGAACCAACGCUGAAUAAUAUAUCUUUAAACGUGAUGCCUGGAGAAUUAUUAACUGUUAUAGGUCCUGUUGGAUCAGGGAAGACGUCUUUAUUAAUGUCCUUGUUGGGAGAGAUUCCUGUAACUUCUGGUAAUGUGUCAUUGAAUGGAAAGAUCGCUUAUGCUUCUCAAGAUGCCUGGGGAUUCAACGAAACUAUUAGAGAAAAUAUCUUGUUUGGUGAAGAAUACGAAGAAGAUAAAUAUGGAAAAGUUUUGUAUAUAACAGCUCUAGAAAAGGAUAUAAGUUUACUUCCUAAAGGAGAUCUGACAAUUGUAGGAGAAAGAGGAAUGAUAAUGAGUGGUGGGCAAAAGGCAAGAAUUAACUUAGCAAGGCGUAGUUGA